AUGUUUAGUGCAUUAGAUGUAUCUACUCCCAAAAAAUUGAAGUAUGAAAUUUCAAUGUUAAAGAAAAGAUGGGAUAUUCAAAAAAGAUUGAAAGAAGGAUUGGAUGAAAAAGCUAAGAACAAUACCCUUGAAGAUUCACAGUUAACUUAUGAGGAUGUAAUGUCACAUAUUGUUGCAUUAGGAGCUGAUGCUUUACAAUUAGAACAAUAUGAUAUUGCUGUUGAAAUAGGAGCAGCUAUGCAAGAGAUUGAUCCGGGAACGUUAGAUGGUUAUUACGUUGUUAUCAUUGCCAAUAUUUGUAAAGCUAGAGAUUUGCUGAAAAAUCCAAAAAUUCAAUUAGACGAAUUAGCGUGUCAUCAAAAUCCUGUUAUUAGAUCAUUAAUAAUUGCAAGUGAAUCGUUGAAGAUGGCCAUGGCUCGGGUCUUACAAACGGGUGAUGUACGUGAGUAUGAAAGUGGUUUGGUUGAAAGAUUGUCAAGCUUAAUGCGCGAAGUUGGUGGUCCCCCACUUGUUGUUUAA